AUGGCUCUUUACGUUGAUGAAGAAGAGAUAUGGAAAUGUCCAAAGCACCCUUCCAAGCGUCGCCGAACCGGAAUCUGCCACGUGUGCCUCCGCGAACGUCUCUCCUCUCUCUGCCCUGACUGCGCUAACGCGCGCCCCUGCGCUUGCUACCCCACCACGGCGUCCUCCUCCUCCGCCUCCUCUUCGUCCUCCUCCUCCUUCCAUUGCUUAUCCUCCGCAGCCGGAAUCGGAAGGGUCGGCCGUGUCUCCAACUUAAUGGAGAGCGAACCUGCUUUUCGUCGCUCUAGAUCCGUAGCUGUCCCAUUUCUCCGGUCAAAGCCAUCUGCUGACCAUAGUUAUAACAGUCACAAAACGUCCUCGUCGUUCUGGUCAUUGUUCAAGGGAGGGCAUGGUAACAGGAGCAUGAGAGAGGAGGUUGAACGACGACACGUGGUCAUUUUGAAAGAGGAGGAGGAGGAAUCGGCAAGGAAAGUAAAUGAAGAUCAGGAGAGGAGGAGGAUGAUGAGGAAGUCAAGAUCGGUGGCGGUGACGUCAGAUUCGAGAGGCAGUGACGUCAUGAGAUCAUCGAAGGGAGGAAAGGGAUGGUAUUUCCCUAGUCCGAUCAAGGUUUUUAAGCAAUCAAUUUCGAGGGGGAUUUUGGCACAUGAAAGGUCGCCUUUGUAUAGAGGUUGA